AUGGCUAUCAGAUGGGAGACUCUCUUUGUGGCGUAUUACUGCGAUGCCGCCAUCUCAGUGAAUAUCCCGCCCGAUUACCAGCUCCAUAUGAACCUUGAUACCCCCGCAACCACCUAUAGCUCAGCCGAUCCCGAUGCACAAACCCCGAACUUCCUCACAGCGGAAACGGAUACCAACGGGGCCGAAUAA